AAAUGCCCAUGUUCAGGGAUGCCAUGAAAUGGCCUUUGUUUCAUAUUUCCUCUAUUUGAAAUGAAAUCUACGUGGAAGUUUAAGGGCAUUUACCCUGUUGGUUUGGUACUGUUUUCGUGAUUUGGAUGGUGCUGUUGGAUGGUCAUCUUUCUCUUAGCUCAGAAUGGGGAGAAAACUGAUCUUGUGUGUGCUAAUGUUUCAGUUGGUCUGUGGACAAACUCCUCCUGCAAAGUACCAGUGUCUUCAGAUUGUUAACGGUUAUGACUGCAGUGGGCGAAACUUGGAGAGUGUACCAGAUAUUGUUUCCAAUACAACUCAGAACCUGGACUUUAGCUUCAACAACUUACCAAACCUUUACAAGAGCACUUUCGGCAGCUUCAGUGAGCUUCUGUCGCUGGACUUGACAAGGUGCCGUAUUGAUCUCAUGUUUGAGGACGCCUUUGUGGCUCAGGCCAAGCUGCAAACACUCAUCCUGACAGGGAAUCCUCUCAUAUUCAUCUCUGUGGAAGCUUUCUCUGGCCUAAAGUCUCUGGCGCACCUCAUCAUGCCCCAGACAGCCAUAGGGGACCUGGAGCAUCUCCCCAUCUCUAAGCUGCAGUUGGAGACGCUGGACAUCUCGAGUAGUAGCCUCCAUACACUGGAGGGUCUCGCUGCCAUUUGUAUGACCAAGAUGAAGUUGCUCAAUCUGGCCAGGAAUCACAUCCCGAGCAUAAGUGCGUCCGACCUGACGGUAUUCAAGGGCGCCAAGGAGGACUUGGAAGUCAGCUUUCGAAGCAACGACAUCUUGAGUAUGGAGCCUGGAGCUUUCAGGUCUCUACGCUUCAGGAGUCUGGACUUCACCAACUGUUUUGCGAGAGUGGAUGUCUCAGUGGUGCUGACGGGCCUCGAAGGUGUGACAACAGAGACGCUCAGAUUGGGUACCUUCGAGGGCGAACGGAGAUGGGAUAUCACCGCAGUGAGCCUCCGCUCCCUGUGCAAUGUGACCGUGUCCCAUUUGAACCUUCAGAUGCAGCACUGGGCCGGCGUCUCGAAUGCCACGUUCGAGUGCAUGGGAGGGCUGAAGAUUCUCGAGAUGACACAGUUGCACAUUAACAACUUCCCGGACAAGAUAACAACCAUGGGUAAACUGUCAGAGCUGAAUCUUGAUCGGAACGCCUUAAAGAACGUGUGCGACAUCAGUGCCCACAGCUUCCCCUCGCUGAAGUCGCUGUCUAUGCGUGACAUGGGGGUGUACGUGGGAAAACUCAUCUUUCUCAACAGCUGUCUGCAGAAUCUGUCCCACCUGGAAUAUCUAGACCUCAGCUGCAGUGAACUUAAAGUGGAGGGGUCGUGUUGCGAAAAGCAUCUUCAAGGUCUGGGUCAUCUUCGUCUCCUGAACCUGAGCUACAACUCUCCCAUGCAGUGGGAUGCUUUGCCUUUCAGCGCCACACCAGAACUCAGGCACUUGGACUGCGAACACGUCAGAGUAAACUUGAGCACCAGUGCUCCUUUUUCGAACCUGGAGCUGCUCGAAACCCUGAAUCUCUCCAUGACGACAAUCAGCUUAGCGCAUCCCCGUCUGCUGGAAGGCCUGAAAAGCCUUGUUCGUCUCGAGCUAAGCGAAAACCCUGUCCCAGGAGGAAUGUUGUCGGACCCAAACACAUUCAAGCACGUUCCUCUCCUAGAAAGCCUAGUUUUGGCUCAGUGUCAACUCACAGCUAUUACAGGGGACCUCUUCCGUAACCUAACGAAGCUAACCUAUGCAGACUUCAGCGCUAACUACCUGACUAAGCUCGGUACUUUCUUCUCACCGGCAGCCGCUAUUAAUCUUAACUUUGCACAUAAUCGAAUUGAGCUGGUGGACAUUGAUUCCAUCAAGGGUCUAGGGCCCAACAGUUCAGUCGACCUCAGCUACAACCCUCUGGUCUGUAACUGCUCUAACAUUGAAUUUAUCGACUGGGCGAAGGCCAAUGCUGAUAAAUUGAUGCAUUUUGGUGACACUCUUUGCAAUCUCACAAAUCAACGGGUGAAGCCAUCAGAAGUGAACUUGGUCUGCACCAAUUUUGCCGGAUUGGAAGCAUUUUGUAUAGCUGUUCUGAUCAUUGUAGUGGUGGCUGCUGUUGUUGCAAUAGUGAAAAAAGCAGUGAAAAAAACUCAAAGGUAUGAACAGUACACACAGUUGUGAAAAGUAGCCUACCAACACACAUUAUCAACCUACUUUGUCAAUCGCUGAUCUUUUUUUAUAGCUAGGUUAUACAGAAGUUCCCUUUUAAUAUUAGGCUAGUUAUAGACCCCUUGGCCUUGCCAAUGAUGUCAUAAAAGUUCGCGCCACCGCGAAAUAGCUAGCUGGACGGCAAGAAGACGAGUUGAAUCAAUGGGUUCUGAUGGGACGUAUAGCAUAGCUCAGAGAUUAUAGUGAAAUGUAACCUUCAUAAUGCCCUUCCACCACUGCUAGCAUAUUGUUUGUAAUGAAUCAACAUCCGAUUACUUGAUACAGAUAUAUUUUGGACGAGCAACUUUGAUAAAAAAGACAUAUUUUUUGAGAAAUAUGUAAAGGUGACAGUGUGUCUGUAAUGUUUGUUAAACCAACAUGUAGGCCUAUUCAUUUAAUAUUUAUAAACUCAAAUGCAUGUUUAAAUAUUGUUUAUAUUCAUUAAUGAACUUUUAACAUAAACACAUUUUA